UCUGCAAUACAAAUGCGGACAGAAUUUUAACUAAAAUCUACUACAGCUACAGCUGUGAAAAGAUGGCCGCACUCGUAAUUCCUCGUGCGGCAAAUUUUGCCAAAUUUCGGCAUGUCACCCCUGUAGUUAGCAUUUUCCACCAAUAUGAGGUUCGUGGCAAUACAACCUGCACCUCAAUACGGCAUCACAGUCUGUCGGCAUGCACAUCUCGCAGUUUCAUUCGAACGGGUUGUGCUCGUUCCCCUUAUCUCCUUGCUGGAUGGAGAGCGGCCAGCACGACUACUGACCCCAACACAUUUGUCAAGUUGAGCGGCCCAACAACUCCUCCACAAACUUCCGUCGAGAAAGAAAAUUUCGUGGCUGAGGUGACUGCAGAGUCGGCAACCGACAGUAUCCCAGCACUACCUGACCUCCCCGUACUUGAGCCAGAGGCGCUGAAUGCCCUCGGCGAAGCAACACUGGCAUCCAUAGGACUUGGAGGGUGGACGCCAGUAGGGUUUUUGCAAAACUGCCUUGAGUAUCUGCAUGUAGACUGCAGCCUACCCUGGUGGGGUGCCAUUAUGACAGGUACCCUGAUAGCAAGAUUAUUGAUGUUCCCACUGGUAGUAAAAGCGCAACAAAAUGCUGCCAAGAUGAACAAUAAUCUGCCUCAGAUGCAAGUGCUUCAAAUGAAAAUGUCCGAAGCUCGACAAAGUGGAAAUCAAUUAGAUGCUGCCAGGUAUGGUCAGGAGUUGAUGGUAUUUAUGAGAGAAAAGCAAAUCAGUCCUUUCAAGAACAUGCUGGUUCCCUUGGCACAAGCUCCAAUUUUCAUCUCAUUUUUUGUUGGCCUUCGAAAAAUGGCGAAUGCCCCUGUUGAAAGUUUCCACACUGGAGGGAUGUUGUGGUUCACGGACUUGACUGUUUGUGACCCGUAUUAUAUUCUUCCUGUCAUUACAAGUGUCACCCUUUGGGCUACAAUUGAGUUGGGCACGGACACAGCAAAGCUGUCCAGCCAAAACAUGCAUUUAAUGAAGUACGUGCUCAGAGCCAUGCCAGUCAUCAUUUUCCCUUUCACAAUGAAUUUCCCUGCUGCAAUUUUGUGUUACUGGAUGUCAUCAAAUCUGAUUUCCCUAGUACAAGUAGGAAUUUUGAAGAUUCCUGCCGUGCGCGAUUACUGUAAAAUCGAGCGCCUUAUCACACACGACCCUAACAGUUUGCCCAGGAAAGAAAAGGGUUUUGUCAAAGGAUUCAAAGAAUCUUGGGACAAUAUGAAAGUGACCAAAGAAAUGGAGGAAAGGGCAAGAUUCAAUGAGUCACAAUUCCAGAAGUACGGAGAAGGUCCGAUCCCAAAAACAUACAAAUACGAUCCCACCAGGCAGCGAAACGCAGUGGCUGCCAAGAAGCGGGACAAAUGAGUUUGAAACUAAGACCUAUCCCGUUGUAUAUUUGACUGAUUCAAUAAUUUACUCAAAGUAAAAUCCUAACUAAAUUUUUGUUGGAAAAAUUAGAUUCUCAAAAUGUGUAUAAAGACUUAAAUUUA